AACUUCGAGCAGCCUAUGGCUCCUGUUACUGAAAUUCAGUCUUUCAGGAUCUUUGUUGCUACUUGGAAUGUGGGGGGAAAGACACCAAAUCAAGGCCUCAAUCUUGAAGAUUUCUUACUGGUGGAGGGCUCUGCAGAUAUAUAUGUCUUGGGGUUUCAGGAAAUUGUUCCUCUGAGCGCAGGCAAUGUGUUGGUAAUUGAAGAUAAUGAACCAGCAGCGAAGUGGCUGAGUCUGAUAAAUCAAUCACUAAAUAAACCCAAAAAUGUCUUCUCGGACAGUUCUUCUGAUUCUGGAAAUGCUUCCAAAACCUCAACACAGAACAACUCGAAGGACGCAAAGCCCCCAGGCAGUCUGAAUUUCUUUCAGAAGUCUUCCCUGAAAGAACUGAGCAGAAACUACAGAGCAGAUAGCAGCCUGCUCAAGACUUGCAACUGUUCUUUGGAUUCACCUUCCAGAGAAAGACGAAGACUAAGAAAGCGUAAUGACCUGUUGAGUAAAGUAGAACCUCCAAUGUAUCGUGAUCCUUCCAUGGAUCAAUUCCUCUCAAUUGCAGAAAUACCACCGCCUCCAAAAGAAACAAAAUACUGCCUCAUAUCAAGUAAACAGAUGGUUGGGAUCUUUCUUUCCAUAUGGACUAGAAAGGACUUGGUCCCUCACAUCGCCCAUCUCAGAGUAGAUUCAGUGGGCAGAGGAAUCAUGGGUUGCCUCGGAAACAAGGGUUGUAUAUCAGUUAGCAUGUCAUUGCAUCAAACAACUUUUUGUUUCGUUUGUAGUCAUUUGGCUUCCGGGGAGAAAGAGGGUGACGAGCUGAGGAGGAAUGCCGACGUGGCCGAGAUCCUCAAAAGCACACAGUUCCCUAGGAUUGGUAAGAAUCCUUGUCGUCGAGCGCCGGAAAAGAUAGUUGACCACGAUCGAAUAAUAUGGCUAGGAGAUUUGAACUAUCGGAUCUCUUUGAGUUACGAUGAAACAAGAUUCUUGCUGGAAGAUAAUGACUGGGACGCUUUGUUAGAGAAAGAUCAGCUGAACACGGAGAGAGACGCAGGAAGAGUGUUUAAUGGAUUCGACGAGGGACGGAUCAUGUUUGCUCCCACUUACAAGUAUUCACAGAAUUCAGACUCAUACGCUGGAGAAACUGUAAAGUCUAAGAAAAAAAGACGAACACCCGCCUGGUGUGAUAGGAUACUAUGGCGUGGGAAGGGGAUUGAACAACUAUCUUACAUAAGAGGGGAAUCCAGAUUUUCUGAUCACAGGCCUGUGUGUGCGGUAUUUGCUGUAGAUGUGGAAGCAAGAAGCAGAAACAACGUGAUGAACAGGUUCAGGAAGGGCUAUUCCUAUGCCUUCCCAAGACUAGAAUACGACGACACCUGUGUAAUUCCUCAGAGGCAUAGUUUCUAUGAUUAGUUUCUUCUUCACC